UGUUAGGUAUUUUUUGUCAUUAUGUUGGUAAAUUUUUAGUUUCUGAUUUUCUUCUGAAUAUUUCUGAUAGGGAGAUAUUCUCAAUGUUAUUUUUCAAGAUAAUGAUGUUAUUCUGAAAUAGCUCUAUUAUACUUGACAUUUACUUUAUCAAUUCUAAAUUUCAGAUAGUUUAACUCUGUGCACAUUUUUACUUAUAUUUUCCUGUUCUCCAAUGACUAAAUCACAAAAUUAAUUUUUAAAUGGCUAGAAUAUGUCCACAGUGUCGACGUAGUCUUAGAGGACAAUUUACAUUUAGAGGAUUAUUAUGGGGAAUACUUUGCUUUCCAUGUGGACUCUUCUGUUGCAUCAGAAGACGGCGAAUGCAUUGUUUUUCUUGUGAAAACGAGGUUGUUGUUUCUACUGGCUCAUUUCCUGUACUUGCUCAUCGUUAUAAAGAUUAUAGAUCUUCUUUGUGGCAAUUUCCAUCCUCUACUUCAUCCAAUACCACUAUAACUGGCAAUAGUCAAUCUGAACAAAGGCCCCUGCUUCAACGUCAAUAA